AUGGAAAUUAAAGUGGAGUCAGUGAGGAGUCAAAUUACAGCAUUUUAAAGGGAAUAACAGAUUAAUAAUCCUACAUAUUUAAUUUAUUUUAAUUUAACAUAAGAUUAUUUUUUAUUUUUUAAACACAACAACAGAUAACUGAUAACAUCACGCCGCUCAUCUACUGUUUUUCAGCCAGGCUUUACCUCGGCGAAACCUCAGCUUCUCCGGUUUAAUUGGUUGACUCUCAAAUUAGUCAUUGUUAGCCCCAAAGUGCGCUACAUUGGUUUGUCGAAGCCAUUCUUUCAUGCCCUACGUCGUGCACUCGUGUAGGGAGCAGACCGCUAUUUGGGAUUGAAGAGAAUCAUGGCGGUUUGACGGUGGGACAUGCGUUUUUGUUAUCGAGCACUGAAGUAUGCUGCGAUGUAUUAGCGAAGCGAAACAAAUAACGAAGUAUCUAUCUAGUUUAACUCGAGUUUCAGAUUUCCAUAAUCUAUCAGGACAGUUUCAAACCUCAGAAUGAGUGACCCAGCGUUAAAGAGGGUGGUGAGUGACAUCAUUCGCUCUCCAGAAGACAAGCGGGAGUACAGAGGACUGGAGUUCACUAACGGCCUCAAAGCAAUCCUGAUCAGUGAUCCCACCACAGACAAGUCAUCAGCAGCACUCGAUGUCCACAUAGGCUCGUUGUCGGAUCCUUCAGACAUUGCUGGUCUGGCUCAUUUUUGCGAGCACAUGCUGUUUUUGGGCACAAAAAAAUAUCCCAAAGAGAACGAGUACAGUCAGUUCCUGAGCGAGCAUGCUGGGAGCUCCAACGCGUUUACCAGCGGCGAGCACACCAACUAUUACUUCGACGUAUCCCAUGAGCAUCUGCAAGGAGCACUGGAUAGGUUUGCCCAGUUCUUUCUGUGUCCUCUGUUUGACGAGAGCUGUAAAGACCGUGAAGUGAAUGCUGUGGACUCGGAGCACGAGAAGAACCUGAUGAAUGAUGCAUGGAGAUUAUUUCAGCUGGAGAAGGCCACUGGGAACCCCAAUCAUCCUUUUAGCAAAUUUGGAACAGGCAAUAAGCUGACCUUGGAAACACGGCCAUCCCAAAAAGGCAUUGACAUCCGUCAGGAGCUCCUGAAAUUCCACUCCACGUUUUAUUCCUCCAACCUGAUGGGACUUUGUGUUCUAGGAAGAGAAUCUCUGGAUGAACUGACAUCUAUGGUGGUUAAACUCUUUGGAGAGGUGGAGAACAAAUCUGUGCCUAUCCCAGAAUUCCCACUGCAUCCCUUCCAGGAAGAGCAUCUUAGGCAAUUUUACAAGGUCGUGCCCAUUAAGGACAUCCGGAACCUGUAUGUGACUUUCCCGAUCCCCGACCUACAGAAGUACUACAAAUCAAACCCUGGCCAUUAUUUGGGCCACUUGAUAGGGCACGAGGGUCCAGGGAGCCUGCUGUCUGAGCUGAAAUCUAAAGGUUGGGUAAAUACUUUAGUUGGAGGCCAGAAAGAGGGAGCCAAAGGAUUCAUGUUCUUCAUCAUUAAUGUGGAUUUAACAGAAGAAGGACUAUUGCACGUAGAGGACAUCAUCUUUCACAUGUUCCAGUAUAUUCAGAAGCUGCGCACAGAGGGCCCUCAGGAGUGGGUUUUCCAGGAAUGUAAGGAUUUGAAUACUGUAGCAUUCAGAUUCAAGGAUAAAGAACGCCCACGUGGAUACACAUCCAAAGUAGCUGGACUUUUGCACUAUUAUCCACUGGAGGAGAUACUUGCUGCAGAGUACAUGUUGGAGGACUUCAGACCAGACCUUAUAGAGAUGGUGCUGGAUAAGCUGAGACCAGAGAAUGUCAGGGUCGCUGUGGUCUCCAAGUCAUUUGAAGGACAGACUGACAAGACAGAAGAGUGGUAUGGAACACAGUACAAGCAGGAAUCUCUAUCUGAUGAGGUCAUUAAGAAUUGGCAAAAUGCUGACCUCAACGGCAAGUUCAAACUGCCGAUGAAGAAUGAGUUCAUCCCCACCAACUUCGAAAUCUACCCUCUUGAGAAGGACUCCCCAUCCUACCCCACUUUGAUCAAGGAUACUGCGAUGAGUAAAGUGUGGUUCAAACAGGAUGAUAAAUUCUUCCUGCCCAAGGCCUGUCUAAACUUUGAGUUCUUUAGCCCCUUUGCGUACGUGGACCCGUUACAUUGUAACAUGGCAUAUUUGUACCUUGAACUUCUUAAGGACUCCCUCAACGAGUAUGCAUAUGCAGCUGAGCUAGCUGGCUUGAACUAUGACCUCCAAAAUACCAUCUAUGGGAUGUAUCUCUCGGUAAAGGGGUACAAUGACAAGCAGCACAUCCUGCUGAAGAAGAUCAUUGAGAAAAUGGCCACGUUUGAGAUUGACGAGAAACGCUUCGACAUCAUCAAGGAGGCGUAUAUGAGGUCACUGAAUAAUUUCCGGGCGGAGCAACCUCACCAGCAUGCCAUGUACUACCUGAGGCUGCUGAUGACUGAGGUGGCCUGGACCAAAGACGAGCUCAAAGAAGCACUGGAUGAUGUCACUCUGCCCCGCCUCAAGGCCUUCAUACCUCAACUGUUGUCACGGUUACACAUUGAAGCCCUGCUGCAUGGCAACAUCACCAAACAGUCUGCACUCAGUAUGCUGCAGAUGCUGGAGGACACGCUAAUUGAGCAUGCUCACACCAAGCCCCUCCUCCCAAGCCAGCUGAUUCGCUACAGGGAGGUGCAGGUGCCGGAUGGUGGCUGGUAUGUGUACCAGCAGAGGAAUGAGGUCCAUAAUAACUGUGGUAUAGAGAUUUACUACCAGACGGACAUGCAGACUACACAUGACAACAUGCUGUUGGAGCUCUUCUGUCAGAUCAUCCAUGAGCCCUGCUUCAAUACACUGCGCACCAAGGAACAGCUGGGCUACAUUGUGUUCAGCGGUCCACGUAGAGCUAACGGCGUGCAGGGGCUUCGUUUCAUCAUCCAGUCUGAGAAAGCCCCUCACUACCUUGAGUCACGGGUGGAGGCCUUUCUCAAGACCAUGGAGAAGAAUGUGGAGGAGAUGAGCGAUGAAGCCUUCCACAAACACAUCCAGGCCCUGGCCAUCCGCCGCCUUGACAAGCCCAAGAAGCUGUCAGCUGAGUGCGCCAAGUACUGGGGCGAGAUCAUAUCCCAGCAGUACAACUUCGACAGGGAUAAUAUUGAAGUUGCCUAUCUGAAGACGUUAACGAAGGACAUCAUUAUGCAGUUCUACAAGGAUCUGCUGUCUAUUGAUGCUGCUAAGAGGCACAAGGUGUCUGUACACGUGCUGUCUCGGGAGAUGGACUCCUGCCCAGUGGUGGGCGAGUUCCCAGCUCAGAAUGAUGUCAAUCUCGCUCCUGCUCCUUCUCUGCCUCAGCCUGUGGUGGUCCAAGACAUGACGGAGUUUAAGAGGAGUCUGCCCCUCUUCCCUCUCGCUAAACCUCACAUCAACUUCAUGGCUGCCAAACUGUGAUCACACCAUUUACAGAGCACUGCUGGGUUUAACUGAGACACGCAGCACCCGAGUUUAGAGCCAGUAACACCAUCUUCUGUGUGUGUGUGUAUGUGUGUGAGUAAAAGAAUGACUUGGCAGAGGGGUAGCAGUGAUGAGUCACCGUGUUGGCUACACUGCGAUCACAGAGGAGCUGUUUAUAAUCACUUAACACACAGCUGUUUUAGAGAAUACAAAACCAAUUUGAUUAAUCAGGAAUAGUUCAUGUAGGUGUUGAGUGCUGACCACAGAGAUGUUUUACUUUUGUGUUUACCUGAUCAUUAUGAUAAGGUUCAAUUUUUCAUUUCAGACAUGCUGGAACUAUUUUCUUUACUGUGCUUCUUGAAGAGAGAAUCAACAUUUUAGCAAUCACUUGGUUUUUUUUUCUCUCUCUCUUAUUUACCCAGAAUCUAGGAAAAGCACUGAUAUUUUCCCCUUUGCGUGCAGGUUAAACAAUCACUUCUGCUCGCUUAGAUUCACUUCUCAACGCCUGCGUUUUUACUCUAUUUAUUACUUUUACAAAUCGACUAAGGGAAGAGGUUUCUGAAUUUUGUUCCAUUUUCAACAAGCUGCAUCUGUUUACCUUAAUCUCGUCAUGUCGCAUCAUCACUGAUGUGUUGAUGCUUGCUUUCUUUCUUUUAGUCCAGCAGCUCUCGAAUGCCAGCAGUUUGGUAACUCGUGACGGAGUGAUUCGACUGCCUCCUUCAACUUUAGAACACUACGAACAGCACAGUGUCCACGUUAUUCGAUAUUCUGCUACAUGUCCGUUUGCUAAUCCUGCGGAUUUCAAUUUAUUAUAUUUUGAUAGUGUUCAGACUGUACAGCGCUGUACAUAUGCUGACAUUGGAGUGAUCAGAUUUUGGGUAAAUAGAGAAUUUGUGGUGAAUUGCUAGAAUGUCGAGUUAUUGAGCCCAUUCCCCCGAAACUGCAUCACUUUGAGUUUGAAAAUGCUCAUGCAACAGACUGUCUACAUGUGCUUUCUAUACCAGAAAUAUUUUGGCCUUAAGUAAAAAAAAAAAAAAAAGAAGAAUAAUAAUUAUAUUUUAAAUCCAGUGAAAGGUUUUAAAAAUCUGGUAUUUUAUUUGAACUAGUUUAACGUUUUGGAGGAGCUGUUUUAGGCUACCGAGUAGAUGGGCAUGAAGCAGUUUUAUUAGAUUACUUUUCUUAAGGAUCAUACUCAAAGUGAUUGUUAUGGCUUUUUAUUUUAUUUGAAGUUGAAGGAGAACUUUAAUAAAUCAUUUUUAAAUAUAAUUUGUUACAAUGUUUCUUGAAAAAUGAGCAUUGUGUUGCUAGUGAUUAUACGAAGCCAAAGGAUGCUCAAGUUUAAUAAGUCCACUGUUUCCACUUUCUCGGAGAGUGGUGUGGUGGUGGUUUUUGUUUGUGGGAGGAAAAUUUACUGGCUGUAGAUUUUUGGGUUCAGAUGUGAACACGGACACCCUUUAUCAGGCCCUUUGUGUGGUUUAAUCCGAACCCGUUCUCGCUGGACAUAAAUAUGCACCUCAAGUUAAGAGCAAUAAUAUCACGGAGCGUCUUAAACCUGACGUCCUGCAUGUGCGGUUAGGUCUCGAUCAGGUCAGUGAUGGAAUAUUAGGAAGCACUUCAGAGCCGUUUUACACACGUCUGUUUCCUCUGCAUGGCGCAUGUGGUGGUAGAUACUGUAAGCAUCUCUCAGGUCUCGACUAGCCUUGCCAAGCCUAACCACUGCACUGUUGAUGUUUUUUGUCAAUGGCAAAACCAGCUUUGUUUUUGACCUCCCGAACAGUCUCAGGCCUGCAACUAUAAUGCUGCAUUUACUAGACAAAUACUACACAAUGACUGUGCUGGUGUAAAGAGGUUAUUCCUCCUGGGAUCAGAACCACACUCAACAUUUUAAAGUUUUUCCCCUAUGACUGAGAAACCGGGUCAUCUCAACUUCGUUAUUUAUUUUUUAAUCCCCAGAUGUAUAAUGCUCGUUUUUCUCUUCUUUUUGUUUUUUGUUGCAAAACUGUACAGCAGUAUAUAGUGUGGACUGUUUGGAAUGGCUCCUUUAACCAAGUACAGGCAUUGUAUUUAAAACUAACCCAUUAAGUUUCCCAACACAAAUGUUUUAGAGAUUGAAUGGGGGGAGAGAAAAAUAACAAUAAUGGAGUUGGGUUGCAGUGUGAAUUUAUAACAGAAACAUAAGUUAAGCUAUACAGUUAAUUACAGCUAACCAGUAUAUACAAGGUGACAGUAAAUGCUUGUGAAACAUAUACAUUUGAUGAUUUAGAAGAAAUCAGAACCAGAUGAUGAGCACCAGUCAGCAUGUGAAAGGAUUGCUGGGAAAUAACACAAACAUCUAUCUAAGGGGUUUUUAGAGCUCUACUGAAUGGUACUGCUGCGACUGAAUCUGUCAUACAAUUAAAAGUGAUUAAAUGAC